AUGUUUCAAUUGAUCAAAUUCAAAGGGGUAUAUUACAAAUAUAUAAUACUUUUGUUGCUGAGUUUAUUUAUCUCAAGAGUAAAGACAUAUAAAAUAAAAAAAUGGAAUGGCUUGUGGGAGAACUAUUAUAAUGAACCUUGUUUAGGAGUUAAAUUUAAAAAAAGUAACUAUCUCUUUUUACAAAAUAAACAAAAUAAUGUAGUACAUAAUGAAUAUGUAGAAAGAAAAAGAAAUAACUUUGUAAAACCCAGGGUGAAAAAAAAUAUGCUUUUUGUAGGCACACCUACUUUAGAACACCAUUGUUAUAGUAAUAGAAAAGGUUGGAGAGUGUCUGAAAAAAUAAAUAAAUAUCAUUCUAAUUUUCAUUCCUCUCUUUUUGCAUCACAAGUUGAUAAUGACGAAGGAAAAGGAGGAAGCCAAUUAGAUGGAGAAGAAAAGGGAGGAAGCCAAUUAGAUGGAGAAGAAAAGGGAGGAAGCCAAUUAGAUGGAGAAGAAAAGGGAGCAACCCAAACAAACACAAACGUAAAGAGUAGUAGAAAAAAAAAUUACAAAUUCAUGUCAUGGAAUAAUAAAAAUGAAAUAAACAACUUUGAUGUUGAAAAAUAUGAUUUAAUAAAUAGUGGUGAUGAUACACAAAAAUAUCAUUCCUCAUUUUUUACAUCAAUAAAAAAUAAAAAACAAAAAAAUGUGGAUGUACAUCAUUUAAAUGUUAAAAUUAAUAAAGAACUAGUAAAUACAUUAUCUGUAGAAGAAUUAUUAAAUAUUCUUGCAAAAUAUGAAGAUAAUAAAACAGAAAGUAGCACACCAAAUGAAGAAGUAGAUAAUCCAAAAAACACAACAUUCAACGAAGUUAACAUUGUUACAGCAUAUCAUAGAAUUGCAAAACAUAUUAAAAAUAAAAAUUAUCUUCUCAAAGAAAAUACUAAAGAUAAUAAUGAAAUGGACGAUUUUUUCGAUCCUAUAACAUUCAGUUUGUUUGAAAAUUAUUCAAACGUAACAGAUGAAAAAGUAGAUGAAAAAAAUGAGGAAAACCAACCCGAACAAAAUAAUACCAAGCAUGUGUUACCUAACAAAAUGGAAGAUAAAACAUUUUCAAACAUAAAUUACAAUAAUCAUUCUUCUUUAUGUAAUGUAGAUAUAUACAAAAAUUUAUAUAACUUGUUGAAGGACAAACUAAGUAAUAAUAAGUCUAUAGCACCUAAACAUGUAGCAAAUAUUGCAUGGGCUUCUACUAUAAUAGGAAACGAUGAUAUAUAUAUAUGGAAUAAUAUAAAAAAACAAUUCUUUGAAAAUAUACAUAAUUUUAAAGCACAAGAAAUAUCAAUUAUUAUAUGGUCCUUUAGUGCAUCAAAAAAUAAACUUAUUCAAAAUAAAGAUGAAUUUAUAUUAUUAUUUAAUUGUAUAAAAAAAUAUAUAGAUGAAAAUAAAUUUAAAGCUCAAGAGUUUAGUAAUAUUAUAUGGUCUUUUGCUAUUUCAAAAUAUGCAAACUUUGAUUUAUUAAUUAUAUUAUAUAAUUAUGCUUUAAAAAUAUUUGGCAAAUUAUUCAUGAAAGACAUUGCAACCAUUUUAUAUAGUUUAUCUAUUUUUGCUACAGACACAAUAAAUCAAAAAAUAAUUAAUACAAUUAAAAGCCGUCAUUUUGAAGAAUAUGGAAUUAAAAAUGAUUAUUUAACAAUACAUAAAGAAGGAACUCAAAAUAAUAAUGAAUUAAAAAAAAAUGAAAAUAAUUUUACAUCUACUUUCUGUUAUUUUAAUCAAAUACCACAAUAUCAAGAAACAGUUUCAUCUGAAAAUUUAAUAAUUGAAUCAGUUGAUAAUGGAGAUACUUCAAAUUCUUAUAACAAAUUAAGUGAUGAUAAAAAGUAUGUUUUUUUUUUGCUUUUUGAAAACUUUUUAAUUUAUUCUUUAAAGAAAAUACAAAAUGAAAGAGAAAAAGUCAAUAUGAGAACUUGGGCAAAUAUUUUCUGGUCUUGUGCAAAUGUAGGAUUAGGACUUUACAACGAUUCAGCAUCUAAUCAUAAUCUUAAGUAUUACAAGUAUGUAUCGAAAAAUAUUCCUACUUCCCAUGGUGAUACAAUUGAAUUUGAAAAAGAAUCAGAUUCAAUGUAUAACAUAUUGACACAAGAUAAGUUACAAAAUUCAAACAUUGAAAUAGAUCUAAAACCUUAUGUACAUAUUAUCGAAAAUGAUUAUGUAUUCCCACUAACAUCAGAUGUAGAAAACAGAUAUUCAAAUUAUAUAAAAACAGAAAUAGAUGGAAAACAACAUGGAAUUAACGUAAAUAUAGACCUUUUUAAUCAGUCUGAAAAUGUGAUUAGACCUGCUAAGGUAGACAAAGAAGAGAAUACUAUCACUAACCCUGUCUUACUAAAUGAAAGUGAAAAGGAAACUAAUACUAACAAUUGCAUAAAUAAUAGUGAUAAGGACAAGAGAGAAAUUGACUGUUCUGCAUUUUUAAAAUCGAUGGAUACACAAAAAAAUGAUACUAUAUAUAAUCAAACAAACAAAAGUAGUAUUGUUUUUAAGUUAUUAGAAAAUUUUGAAUAUAAUUUAAAUCAAAAAAUAAUUAAAUGGUCUAGAUGUGAAAUUCAAUCUAUUGCUAAUAUAUUAUGGAGUUUAUCUAUUUUAAAUAUAUUUUCAAAAAAAAUAUUUGAAGAUGGAUUAUAUGAAUGUAAUAAAAGAUUUAUAAAAUAUGGAAAAAGAAAAAAUUAUAAUAAAAUUCAAUAUUUUAUUUCACAAUUACAUCAAUCACAAUUAUAUCAAGUUGCCUUUUCCUAUGCCAUUUAUCUGUUAAAUGAAAACAAAAAUGGAAAAAAUGAACAGAAUGAAAAAAAAAAUAAUACAAAUGCAAUUACAAUGAUAAAAAACAAUCUUUAUAAUAUUUUUGAAAAAUAUUUUAACAUCUCUAUUAAUACUCUAAAUAUAUGGAAAAAGCAAUUAGCUAGAAAUCAAAGAAAAGAAGAAAAACAACACAUUUCCUCUUCGGUCCAUAAAAAAUUAUCAAACGACCUUAAGUACCUUAACAUUUUUCAUUACAACGAGUAUUUUAUCCUGGAUUCAAUUCUAGUGGAUGCAUACAUUCCCCACGCUAUGACUGUAAUCGAAAUUGACGGCCCAAGCCAUUUUAUUCAAAGAGGAGCAUCAAUUGUGUACAAUCCAAACACACUAUUUAAGAAGAGACUGCUAAGAGCUCUCGGUUUUGUUGUUGUCUCAAUUUCAAUAACGGACCAUACAUUUGUUUUUAGUGCACUAAACACAAUAAAUUUUGUUAAACGAUUUUUAGCAAAAAUUAAUUAUAACAAAAUAUAA